AUGGGUAUCAAAAAGUUCUUUAAGAUCAAACCUCCUGAAGAGGAUACUGUUGAGCAGAAUAGAGAGACUCUAAAUGAACUCGGUAUUACGACCAAGAAUCCACAAAAGAAGAAGAAGGAGAAGUUUGCAGCAUAUGGAAACUUUGCCAGAGACAAGGCAGAAGAUAGGGUAUAUGCUCCACCGGGGUACGAGAACUACGGGAAGUCUCAGGAUGAAGAAGAUUUGAACAAAUCGUCUUUAGAUGGCGACACAGGUGGAGAAAACCCAUCAUCGGCCGAUCCCUAUGGUGUUCCUAGUGGUGGUGCAGAUCCGUAUGCGGUUAAUCCAAACGCGGGCUACCAGAGUGAUCCCUAUGCCAGUUUUCAGCACAGUAGUAUGUACAACAAGGGACAACAGUACAACAAUGGAUACAAUAGCGGAUUCGAUGGGCUGAAUAAUUACAACAAUAGUGCCGAGCCCAAGAACUACGGGAAUGCAUACUCAAACGGAACUGGUAGUCCUUAUGGCACGGCUAGUCGACAAGCGUACAAUCGCAGUGGUUCGGUUCCCCAACAAUCUACCCCAGACGUCGGAUCCAAUCCUUACAGUUUGAGCAACAGUAGCGGUUCGGUACCUCAGCAAACCAAUCCUUACAGUUCGAAUAAUCACAGUGGAUCCGUACCUCAGCAUUCUACAACAGGCUCCAAUCCUUAUGCUGCCAUUAACUCGGACUCGUAUGCAGGCAGUAAUACGAAUGCCAAUCCAUACACAAGGCAGAGAAGUACGGCGAAAGCACCAGCACGAAACCGCCUGGCACCUGUAGCAUCGACUGCUGGAACCGUCGAUCUGAACAAAAGCCCUCUAGAUAAUGAUGAUUUAAACGAGGAGCCACGAGCCGGUGAGUUUGAUUUCGAAGAAGGCAAUGCAGCCAUCAGAAAUACAGUAGGCGUCGAAGAACUGGAUUUGAAUGCGACGAUGAAUAAUGAGGACCAAGGCGAUGACCUAAAUGCUCCAUACGGAGGUGAGCAGCAGCAACAGGCUUACCAACCAGAACCUCAAUGGCAGAUUGAAGAAGAGGAACAGCAACAGCAUUAUGGCGCCUCCAACAAUAGAGAUUUCAGAACCUUCGAAGAUAUCCAAAGGGAGGAAGAAGCACGUCAGCAACAGGAAGAAGAUGAAGCCGUGGAUGAAAUUAAGCAAGAUAUUCGUUUCACCAAACAAAGCUCUAUGGCAUCGACUCGUAACACUUUGAAGAUGGCACAAGAAGCUGAGAUGUCAGGUAUGAACUCCUUGGGUCUCCUGGGGCAUCAAAGUGAAAAAUUGAACAACGUUGAGAGGAAUUUGGAUUUACUGAAAGUGCAAAACAAGAUUGCCGAUGAUAAAGUGGCAGAGUUAAAGAAACUAAACCGUAAUAUCUUGGCAGUCCACGUCUCUAACCCAUUUAACUCCAGAAGGAGACAGAGAGAACGCGAAGAAAAGAUCAAGAAUCGUAAGAUCGAGGAAAAAUUGAUGCAAGAGCACACUAGUCAACAACUGUCCAACUCCACACAACGUAUUGAAGGUGCGAUGAGAGGUAACAGCGAAACUGGAGCUGUACGCGAGAGAUAUCAAAGGCAACAAAUCCUAGAUCGUGCUAAGAAAUACCAAUUUGAAAAUGACGAGGAAGACGACAUGAUGGAAGUCGAGAUAGAUAGAAACCUUGAUCAAAUUCAACAGAUUAGUGGUCGUUUAAAGAAACUGGCUGUAGCAACAGGUGAAGAAUUAAAUUCACAACAAAAGCGGGUUAACAAUAUCGAGGACAGUACAGACGAUCUAGACAUCAAGAUUCAUUUAAACACUACCAGGUUAUCAGGGAUAAGGUAA